UCAAACUUUCCCUAUAGCCAGUGGUGUUUCCUUCCUCAAGUGCAGCUUUACAACAUGACUGAAAGUGCCAGAUGUGCUUCAGAUAAUGAGCAGAGAAACUGGGUGUUUACCGAGCGCGAAAGAGUGAAUUACCUAUUGUUGGUGUAAUCCAGGAGACUUGACGGAAAUCUCGUCCAUAUAUCCAGUGGCUGGUGGGACAGUCGAGUAUGGAAAAACUAUAAAGGAUGAAAAGAGUUUACAGGUGGUCCUUCACGUUUCUGGCAUUUCUGUGUAUAGUAAAAGAAUGUGAGCUGUGUUUAUCUGUUCGAGCGAGUCGUGCUUCUAUGUUUGUGGCCGAGGGCAAAGAAUUGCUCUUGCGCUGUGAAGUGGAGCACUGUGGCCAAGCCAACUGGACUGGAGGAUGGGCUUUCCAGGAAAUGCAGAGCCAAGGAUUUAUUUCCCUCACUUCCUCCGAAAGAAUCAAGUUGUCCAAUUACAGCUCAGCGGUCAACAGCACACAGCUGAAGAUCCACAUUCACAAUGUCAACCAGUCAGACGCUGGAGCUUACAAAUGCAUUAUUAUCUGGCCUACUGGCAUCAUUAGCAGUGGUCAUGUGACAUACGUCAAUGUGACUGCAGCAACUGAGGAAUUUUCAGGAAGCAGAAGUGCCACUAAUAGAGUUCUGCUGUGUCUCGGUUCCUUGGUGUGUUUUCUUGUUGUUGCGGGAUUGGUUUGGUGUUUGACCCAACUACGUUCAUCCCCUCCACCUGUCCCGCCUCAUACCCGCACUUCCUGUAAGAGCCCACUUUCAGUUCGUUUCAGCAAGGGUGAAACCAAAAACAGAAUUGGUGUAUGCAGAUGUUGCGGUGUGUAAUUCAAGACGACAGAAUGAACGUCUGAAAGUAGCACCCGAGUCUGUUGUCUACUCUUCAGUGCAUUUCUCUUGAACAAAGACUGUAGUCUUGCAUAUCUAUCUCAUAUGUUGCUAAAGGUUGUUCUCACUACCAAAGCAAGCAUGAGGGAAAACACAGAUGCGAUGUUAUACACAACAAAACUGAACUGUGAACGCUAGCAAUGUUACACUUUGAUUUAAUAUCGUAGUCAUGAAGAAUGAAUUUGAAAGAAUUGUUUAUCUGUUAAGGUCUAUAAGAUGUGUGUAUUGUAUAUAAAAGUGUGUGAUUGUACUUCAAAUAAACUGUGACAUAUUAAUCAAACAA